AAAACCGAACUCCUUCCUUACUCAACCAUGGCAAUGCUCUCACUAGCAAUCAGAGCUCGAGCUAAACCCAACCCUCUCCUGACAUGGAGAGCCUUACAUUUCCGCAACUUCUGCAGCGGCUGUUUAGGUCUAUCUGUCCCGCCUGUGGCAGGGACCAAGUUUCUUGAGUCGUUUAGAGAAGAGUUCGAGAUUGGGUCUCGGGUAAUUUCACUGGAAACGGGUGAAAUGGCUCGUUUUGCUAACGGUGCUGUUGUUUUGGGCGUGGAAGGGACCCAAGUUUUGUCCACGGUUUCAGCCGGUAAAGGCGACGUCAUUCGAGACUUUUUACCGCUCACUGUUGAUUAUCAAGAGAAGCAAUUUGCUCAGGGUGUGAUCCCAAAUACAUUCAUGCGGAGGGAAGGUGCUCCAAAAGAACGAGAACUUCUGUGUGGUCGUCUAAUUGAUAGGCCCAUACGACCUCUUUUUCCGGCUGGGUUUUACCAUGAGAUCCAGGUAAUGGCAAGCGUUCUUUGUUCUGAUGGAAAACAAGAUCCAGAUGUGUUGGCAGCUAAUGCGACAUCUGCUGCUCUUAUGUUAUCAGAUAUUCCAUGGGGUGGACCCAUUGGAGUGGUACGGCUAGGGAGAAUUUGUGGGCAGUUUGUUGUUAAUCCAACUAUGGAUGAGCUUAGUUUAAGUGAUCUCAACUUGGUAUAUGCAUGUAUGAGGGACAAAACAUUGAUGAUAGAUGUGCAAGCUCGUGAAAUCACCGAGAAGGAUUUGGAAGCUGGUUUAAGACUGGCUCAUCCAGAAGCGGUUAAAUAUCUUGAACCUCAAAUCAGACUGGCUGCAAAAGCUGGCAAACAAAAGAAGGAAUACAAACUAUCCGUGGUCUCAGAACAAAUCUUUGAAAAAGUCAGAAACCUGGCAGAAGCACCCAUUGAUGCCAUUUUUACCGAUCCUUCCUAUGGCAAGUUCGAGCGUGGAGAGGCUUUAGAGAGAAUAACACAAGAUGUCAAAAGCGCACUUGAAGAAAAAUGUGAUGAGCAGAGCUUAAGAACUUUGCCAAAGGUUGUGGACAAUGUCAGGAAAAAGGUUGUUCGCAAAAGAAUUAUUUCUGAAGGAUGUAGAAUUGAUGGGAGACAUCUUAAUGAAGUUAGGCCAAUAUACUGUAAGGCUGGCCGUUUGCCUCUAUUGCAUGGAUCUGCUCUUUUCAAUCGUGGAGAUACUCAGGUUCUUUGUACCGUGACACUUGGAUCACCUCAGGAUGCCCAACGCUUGGAUUCCUUGGUUGGUCCCCCAACAAAGCGUUUCAUGCUUCACUAUAGUUUUCCACCAUUUUGUAUCGAUGAAGUUGGUAAACGAACUGGCCUGAACAGACGUGAAGUCGGGCAUGGAACUCUUGCGGAAAAAGCACUUGUUGCUGUAUUACCUCCUGAAGAUGAUUUUCCAUACACAGUUCGUAUUAAUUCUGAAGUCAUGGGUUCAGAUGGUUCAACAUCUAUGGCCUCUGUCUGUGCAGGCAGUAUGGCUUUGAUGGAUGCUGGGAUUCCAUUACAAGAACAUGUUGCAGGCGUUUCAGUGGGCCUUGUUACCGAUGUUAACCCAGAAACUGGUGAAAUUACAGACUAUCGUAUAUUGACGGAUAUUUUGGGUCUUGAAGAUCAUCUGGGAGACAUAGACUUCAAGAUUGCCGGGACAAGGAAUGGAGUUACUGCAAUUCAAUUGGACAUAAAACCUGCUGGGAUCCCUUUAGAUAUAAUAUGCGAGUGUUUGGAGCCUGCACGUAAAGGACGCCUUCAAAUCCUUGAUCACAUGGAGAAAGAGAUUAGCGUGCCACGAAGUCGAGAUGAUAGAAAUUCUCCUCGACUAGUUACACUGAAGUUUAGCAAUGAUGCUAUUCGGAAGUUUAUUGGGCCUCUAGGUGCUCUGAAAAGAAAAAUCGAAGAGGAAACAGGUGCUCGGAUCUCCGUAGGUGAUGGAACAAUUACUAUAGCUGCUAAGAAUCAGGCUAUAAUGGAGAAAGUGCUAGAUAAGGUUGAUUUUAUAGUUGGCCGUGAAAUUGAAGUUGGAGGAAUCUAUAAAGGCAUUGUGACAUCAAUCAAAGAAUACGGUGCCUUUGUAGAGUUUAAUGGUGGACAGCAAGGUCUGCUACACAUUUCUGAGUUGUCACAUGAACCGGUGUCUCGGGUUUCAGAUGUGGUGUCUGUUGGCCAGCAAAUCUCUUUGAUGUGCAUAGGGCAGGAUGUUCGUGGUAAUAUAAAAUUAUCUCGUAAAGCAAAUUUGCCUCGGCCUGAAUCUGAGGAAAAAGGUGUAACUGAAGGAUCUGCUCCUGUUACUAAAGAAAAAGCUAAUAUUUGGGCAUCACUUGAGAAUGUGUCAAAAGUAGAACACCUGAAGUCUACUCUUGAGGAGUUGCCCCCGAACAAAAUGGAGAAAACUGAAACAAACCGGUCUGCCUCUUUACAACCAGCAGUAGUGAUUCGGAGUGCUGCGGAGUGUGACGAGGAAGAGAAAUCUGCUGGUUUGAGUAAGACUUCCAAAAGUGCUCCUAAACCAAAGGGCACGGUGAAAAGGGGUAGUAAACUGAAAACAGUCCAGUCUUCCAGCGACAAGCCUGGUUCUUCGACCCUCAGCAGUAUGCUAUCGGAAUCCUUAUCUCGAAUGGAAGCGAAGAAAGAAUUUGAUUCUGAAGAUGAUGGUGAGGCUAAUUUGAAUGAUCAGAACAAGGAAAGUGAUGUUAAGUCUCCCGUGACACCUCAAAAGCUGAAGUUGGGAACUAAAGUUACUGCCAAGAUUUAUCAAAUUCGUGCACGUGGUUUAGUUCUCGAUUUGGGUGGUGGGAUUCGUGGCAUGUAUAGGUUUGAGCCCAAUGGUGAAAGGGAGUUUACCAUAGGUGAUGAAUUACAAGUCCAAUGUUCAAGUUUUACGAGUAAAGGUAUCCCGGUCAUGACUUUGGUGGAUGAAGAAUGAUAGCACAUUUACAGUCUUUCCUCGGAAUAUAACGCUCUUGUAGAUGGAGAAAUGUGAUUGGUGGAUAUUCUUGUUUUGGAGACUGAAACGGUAUUGAAUUUUCGACAAAGUUCUGGUGAUCGAGAAGAUUCACCUAUGAGUCUGAUUUGAGGAAGCUUUCUCGGUAGGAAACCAGCAGCAAGGUAGCAAUUAUCACUGAGACUUAAACUUCUCAAUUUUUGUCAUCCUUUUGCAUGUGCCAUGCAUGAUACAUGUUUAGCACUCUUUAAUCUCAGGGAUUUUGAUAGUUUGAAUAAUAGUAUCUGAGAAUUUGAAGAUACAGUGAAGAAUAUGUAAGCUCCUAACCAGAUUAAGUUCAUUAAUUAAGAGAUUGAAUGCUUCAUCGACGAAUCGAACAGAGCGGUGAUUGUAACUUGUAACAUAGCGGAG